AUGCCCAAAUUGCUUAACAGAUUUGAAAUGAAGAGUCGGUUAAGUCGCUUUAUCGCUGAAGACCCUGUGGAUCUGCCCCUGCCGCGGGAGGAAGCCACGAGGCUGAGCACCGAGGCCUUCCGGCUGUGGGCCGUGGCUGCUGGCUACGGGCAGGCCUGCGACCUCUACAGUGAUCUCUACCCUGUGCUGGUGAGGAUACUGCAGUCCCUGCCUGAGUUGCUCAGCGGGAAGAGCCCUGUGGUUGAGUUGUCUGUGCAGCGAGCUGCAGCAGUGGUUACUCUGCUGACACAUGUGACACAAACAGGAUACACGGCAGAGCUGCAGGCCAAGUUGAGCAGCAGCAACUCAGAAGAUAACAAACCAAUUCCACCUCCUCCAGUAGUAUGGAGUCAAGUAUCAGGCUUACAGCCCUUCCUUGAGACAAGUCUGAAAAAAAUCCUUCAGCAGAUAUCCCAGACAGAAACUUGGCAAACUCUCCAGCCUCUGACCACAACUUGUGUUAUCUUCUUGGGAGUUUAUUACAGUGCGUACAGCCAGCAGCCAUCAGUCAAUCCAGUUGACUGCUUAGAGGAACUGGAAGGUUUGAUCGAGAUGCUGCAACCCCUUCUCAGGCAGCCAGCCAUAGACAGCAUGUGGGACUUGCUCAGGCCAUGUUCUGCUUUGUGCAACCCUCUGUCCUGUUCCCCAGCACCAGAAUCUGUUGGCAGCAUUGCAUCUCUGAGUUGCACUGGAGGCAAACCUCCUCUGAGCCUGGCUGGUGCCAAGUCACCUUUCCCCUUCCUUACUGCCCUCCUAUUUCUCAUCAAUAACAUCACUCACAUUCACAAGGGCCUGACCAGCAAGUACAGCUCUGUGCUGGGCUUCAGAGGCUUGAGGGAUUAUCUGCAUCAAAGCUGGCAGACUGGACCUCCCUCUGUGACUCCCUCAUCUGCGUGGAUCCUACGCCAUGAAUAUCACCUGCAGUACUUUGUGUUAGCGUUGGCUCGGAGAAUGGCAGGCACUUGUCCGGAUUACACCCAGCACGCCUCACUCCAUCACUGUGUUGCCAUGGCAUUGCUAAGCCGUCUGUUGCCAGGGAGUGAGCAUCUGGCUCACGAGGUCCUACUGGAUCUUGCCUUUAAUCCAGAGUUUCUUCCUGAAGGGAAAGCCGGAGGACCAGAAGCAGCUGACUUCUCUGAUAUUCUGCAUCUGGGCACCAGUGCCAAACUGGCACAGCCUGGCUCUGCAGCAGCAUUUCUUCCAAGGUUACUCGUGGUGCCCUGCUUGAGAGAAUCAUACCAGAAUCUGCCUUCCAUUCGUCUCUGCUACUCUCUCACUUUGUCCACUUGCAGGCCCACCCUUCUGCGUUCUCAAGCGUCCUACCAAGGGCGGAAUUACCUCAUCCAGUCAAUGCUACUUCCUGAGGUCAAAGGGCCCAUCCUGCCUUCAGACUGGCCAUUCUUUCCACUUAUCAGCCUCUACAACAAAGUGACUAAUGCAGAGACACGUGGGGCUGUACUGAACUCUCUCCCACUUGAUCUCAUCAACACUGUGACCUGGACGCAGUGGGUCUUGUUGCUGGAAAACCUGGCGUCUAAAAUCCUUCAGAGCAUCCCGACUGCUGCCAAACUUGCCCGGCUUAUGUGUGUCUUUCUCACUGGCAGUGACCUCUUUCUGGAAGCACCAAUCCACCGCUACAACAGCUGCCCUUCUCUCUGUGUAUUGCCAACCCAAGGCCCUGGACUCCUAAACUUGGAUGCUCCUCUCCCUGGAUUAGCGUCCUUCCACGAUCUCUAUAUAAAUCUCCUGGAGCAAUUUGAGGGCGUCUCCUUUGGAGAUCCACUCUUUGGUGUCUUUGUUCUUCUACCUCUCCAGAAGCGUUUCAGUGUUCAUCUGCGUCUCUCUGUUUUUGGGGAGCACACAAAUAUCCUGCGGGCGCUGGGAGUGCCGUUACAGCAGUUUCCUGUGCCUCUUGAGCGCUACACUUCCCCUCCUGAGGAUAACCUGGACCUCCUGCGACUCUACUUCCGAACGCUGGUCACUGGUGCGCUGCGCCACACCUGGUGCCCUGUUCUGUAUGUGGUGGCCGUGGCUCAUGUGAACAGUUUUAUUUUCUCCCAAGAAGCACAGCACAGACUGCUGAAUGCAGAGAGUCCUUUGGGAUUUGACCUUUAUGAGCAGCUCCCUCCCAUGCGACUGAAGUACCUGCAGGUGGUGACACAGAAAGAAAUUACAGAGAAUACACCAGCAAUAGACUCAUAG